AUGGACGCCAAUCAAGUGGAAGUGCUCCAGAUACGUCCAGACCAGAUUGUUAAAACAUCUCACGAAAAUUUAGUCAACCUGGAAGAAGCGUACCUCGGCCAUAGAUCGAUAGUCAUCGCAUAUGACAGCUACGGUAUCUCGCUUGAGGAGAUUCGUCGAGCAUCCAACAUAUUUUUCAAUGAUGCAAGUGCAGUAGCGUGUAUCUGCCGGGAGCUUCUCAAGGGGCUCAAAUACAUACAUGAUGAAGUUGGCAUCACACAUGGCAAUCUAUCGUGCUGUACAGUUGUCCUGACAGACAGAGGACAAGUGAAGAUCACCGACGUUGGAGAUGGCAUGGUCCGCGGCCGAGGUACCGACGACAGAACUAUGGACAACCGCGCCGUGGGCCAGAUCGCAGCUACGCUGUUGAGGCUCGAUUGCUUAGAAGAGGAUCUAUCUGGACCGCACCUUGAAGCCGAGAGCUUCAUACAUGUCUCGUCAAUUGCAACGGUGGAUGAGUUACUCAAUCAUCGCUUCCUCCAGGCGGGGUUCGAACCUUGGUGCCUGCAGUCCCUCGCUAUCUUGUCAAAAGUCAUACGUUUUACGGUUUGA